UCUUUCCCGUCUGUGGCUCUGGUUAAUACAGCGAGAGCUGAAGCUGCCCGGUGUUUUUCCUGGAAGUCUUGGCCACGCCCCCUCUUCCAGAAGGAAGGGAGGGAGGGGGUCUUGUUUCUCUGCCUUCGCUCUCUGGGUCGCUGCUUGUCUACCUGGAUUUGAGAACGUGAGAGGUUGAGUCUUGCCGGCUGAGCUGUGCGUCUUCGGUCUUGGUUGGAUUGCGGAGUUGAUUCACGAAAGGAUGAGGCUGGUCAUACUCAACAACUACGACCUGGCUAGUGAAUGGGCUGCCAAGUACAUCUGUAAUCGCAUCAUCCAGUUCAAGCCAAAUGAAAACAGAUAUUUCACUCUUGGCUUACCAACAGGAAGUACCCCUCUAGGAUGCUACCAGAAAUUAAUAGAAUAUCACAAAAGGGGAGAUCUGUCUUUCAAAUAUGUGAAGACAUUCAACAUGGAUGAAUAUGUGGGGCUUCCCAGAAGUCAUCCAGAGAGCUAUCAUUCUUAUAUGUGGAAUAACUUUUUUAAACAUAUUGAUAUAGAUCCAAACAAUGCUCAUAUUCUUGAUGGAAAUGCUCCAGAUCUAAAAGCAGAAUGUGAUUCCUUUGAAAAAAAAAUAAAGGAAGCUGGUGGGAUAGAGCUGUUUGUUGGAGGCAUUGGUCCAGAUGGUCACAUAGCUUUCAAUGAACCAGGAUCAAGUUUGGUAUCCAGAACAAGACUGAAGACGCUGGCCAUGGACACCAUUCUGGCAAAUGCAAAAUACUUUGAUGGAGACUUAACUAAAGUGCCAACUAUGGCAUUAACUGUUGGUGUGGGGACGGUGAUGGAUGCUCGAGAAGUGAUGAUUCUCAUCACGGGUGCACACAAAGCAUUUGCCUUGUACAAGGCAAUUGAAGAAGGAGUCAAUCAUAUGUGGACAGUCUCUGCUUUCCAGCAACAUCCUCACACCAUCUUUGUAUGUGAUGAAGAUGCUACCUUAGAACUGAGAGUUAAAACAGUCAAAUAUUUUAAAGGUUUAAUGCAUGUGCACAACAAACUUGUGGAUCCUCUUUACAGUAUGAAAGAGCAAAACUGACAGUGAAAUCCAUGCUGGACUCUGACUUUUGACACAAGCAGUGAUCUUCGUUAGCAGACAAAUGUACUGCUGGGCAAUAUGCUGAAAAUGGGCUAAAAUGGAGAACUUCUAAGUACUGUAGCUGGGGGUUGUCAUUUUUUCUAGAGGUCAGAUGUACACACAUUCCUAUUAACAGUUACAAGCUUUAUUCUCUGCUUUCCUGUCAAGAUGGUGGUGCCUAUUACAUGCUGCAUGCUGUUGGAAAGAAGAACUCUGAUUUCAGAGUGCAGGCAUAUGCAAGCUGUUCAGAGGGAGAGAAAAGUACUGUGUAACUCAAAAUAUAGAACAAUUUUUUCUUUUCGUCUUAAGGUGUGUUCUGUCUUGGCCUGUGUAAUGAACCGAUAAACAUAUGAAUCGAUA